AUGUUCGGCACUGGCCCGUACGCCCGCAGCUCCACCCCGCCUGCAGCAGCAGCAGCAGCAGCAGCAGCAGCAGCAGCGCAGCAGCAGCAGCAGCAGAGCAGGAAUGGUGGAAACAAACAAAGUGCUGCAUUUCCGAACUUUUGGUGGCGGUACAAACGAACAAGUGCAAAUAUCAGCAGCAGCAGCAGCAGCAGCAGCAGCAGCAGCAGCAGCAGCAGCAGCAGGCAGCUCGCUGCUGCUGCUGAAAAGGGCAAAGAAGCAAAGGAUCUUUUCUUACUUCUUUGGCCCAAAGCCUUUCUGCUGCCAGCAGCAGCAGCGCGCAGCAGCAGCUGGCGGAAUCUGCUGCUCCUGCGGAGGUACUUGAGGGCCAGCAGCAGCAAAACGGCCAGCAGCAGCAGCAGCAGCAGCAGCAAAAAGGCCCUGAUGCUGCAGCGGCGAGCUGCAGCAGCAGCAGCACUAAAAGGCACUUCAGCAAAUCUGUAG